AUGGCUGCAACAACAAGUCACAUUCUCGUUGUGGGUGGUGGUCCAGCUGGGGCUACGGCAGCUUUCUGGCUCGCUAGAGCUGGCUUCGAAGUUACCGUCGCUGAACGCUCAUCCGACAAGUUCACAUACGGCCAAGGAAUCGACAUUACUGGCCCAGCGAUUCCAAUCGUGCAAAAAAUGGGACUGUACGAGAGCAUCACAUCACAGACGACCGGGGAAAAGGGUUUCGCCAUUGUCAAUGACAGCAGCGACACUAUUGCUCACUUUGGGGCUGGAGCGGGCGCGACUCUUACUCAAGAAAUCGAGAUUAUGCGAGGCGACCUCGUAAGGAUUCUGGCCGAAGCUGCCGAUGCUUCUGACAAAGUCCACUACCGAUAUGGCUGCACCGUGUCCGAGAUCCAGCAAAGCGAAACACAUGUAACAGUCGUCCUGACCGAUAGCAAGAACGGCAAGACAGAAGAUUUUGCAGCAGUCAUCGGCGCUGACGGCUUGAAUUCCAAGGUUCGGCGCUUGGUGUUCGACAAUAAGAUUACAAAGGACUGCUACAUUGGCACCGAUCAGUACUGUGCCUAUUUCUCGAUGAAAGGAGAGCCAGAUGACGUGCCAAACUCUCGACUUCAGCACGCUCCAGGACGCCGAACAAUUCUGAUUCGUCCAACGGAGGUAGACUCGACCGACAGAUCUUCAUGUUACAUGGCAUAUUUCAAGUCCGGCGACAUGGAAAGCGCAGUAGGCCGACCCGUGGAAGAUCAGAAGGCUGUCUUAGCUGAGAUCUACGAAGAUUUUCCCGGUCGGCUUGGUAUCCGGGCUUUGCAAGGCAUGUGGAAUGCAAGGGACUUCUACUACAGUGAGACAGCGCAAAUCAAGCUUCCAACGUGGUCGAGUGGGCGCUGUGUCCUAGUCGGCGAUGCAGCAUAUGCUCCAUCUGCAGCAUCUGGUCAGGGAGUUGUGCUUGCCAUUCUCGGAUCAUACGUAAUUGCAGGAGAGCUAGCUGCGCGUCCGGACGAGCCUCACACCGCUUUCACUAGAUACGAGGAGCGACUGAGGCACUAUGUGAAAGAAUCCCAGUCCAUUCCUGUAGGAGGACUUGUGGCAAAGCUGGCUAUUCCCGAAACUUAUACUGGCAUACGUAUCUUGAGGUUUUUAUUCUGGCUGGCAGCCCAGAGCGGAGUGUGGAAAUGGUUCAAUAUCAAGCAGAACACAUUCGACUUGCCCAAGUACACAUUUGCUCUUGCUACAGACAAUAAAUAA